CACUCACGGUGGAUUUAGGAGAGAUAUUAUGAGGCUGUUGUCAUUAGGGCGAUCGCGGCCGAAUCACUGAAUCUUGCUCGCCUCGGCGGCGGCGGCGGCGGCGGCGGUGCUGGGUCGGGAGGUGUGUGUGAGAGAGAGCAAGCGAGGGAGCGCGCCGAUGCCUGCCCGCAUGUCUGUGUGUGUGUGAGCCCGGGAGUGCGUGUGUGAAAGGUGGUGGGUGGGUGUGAGUGCGCGCGCGCCUGGGGUGUGUGUGUGUGUGGUGUGGAUGAGGGUCUCUAUGUGGCUGUGUGUGCGUGUGCGUGUGUGGAUGCGCGUGGGGUGCGUGAGCCCCCUUUCCCUCCCCUCUUCCUCCUCCUCCUCCUCUUCUUCUUCUUUCCCCCCUUCUUUUUCAUCUCCUUCUCCUUCCUUCCGCCUUCCUUUCUUUUCGCCUUGAUCCAGCGCCUCGCUUCCUCCUGCUGCUGCUGCUUCUUUCCCCCCUUCUCUGCUUUUCCGCCCUCCCUCCCCCGUCCGCCAGGCUGGGUCCCAUGGUGUUCCGAUCCCCUUUAGAGCUUUAUCCCACCCACUUCUUCUUGCCAAACUUCCCCAGCGACCCGCACCACCACCACCGCUCGCUCCUUCUGGCCAGCGGUGGCAGCAGCUCCGGAGCUGGAGGCGGCGGCGGCAGCGGUGGCAGCAGCGGCGGCAGCAGCAGUGCCGCCACCGGUUGUAGCGCCGGAGCAGCCGGUGGUGGUGGCGGCGGCGGUGCAGGAGGCGCCUCGCGAGGAGCCCCGGAAGAACUGUCCAUGUUCCAGCUGCCCACGCUCAACUUCUCCCCGGAGCAAGUGGCCAGCGUCUGCGAGACGCUGGAGGAGACGGGAGACAUCGAGAGGCUGGGCCGGUUCCUGUGGUCCUUGCCGGUAGCCCCCGGGGCAUGCGAGGCCAUCAACAAGCACGAGUCCAUCCUGCGCGCCCGGGCGGUGGUGGCCUUCCACACGGGCAACUUCCGAGACCUCUACCACAUCCUGGAGAACCACAAGUUUACCAAGGAGUCGCACGGCAAGCUGCAGGCCAUGUGGCUCGAAGCGCACUACCAGGAAGCCGAGAAGUUGCGCGGGCGCCCCUUGGGGCCCGUCGACAAGUACCGCGUCCGCAAGAAGUUCCCCUUGCCCCGGACCAUCUGGGACGGCGAGCAGAAGACGCACUGCUUCAAGGAGCGGACUCGCAGCCUCCUGCGGGAGUGGUACCUCCAGGACCCCUAUCCCAACCCCAGCAAGAAAAGGGAACUGGCGCAGGCCACCGGCCUCACCCCCACGCAAGUCGGCAACUGGUUCAAGAACCGACGGCAGAGAGACCGGGCCGCCGCCGCCAAGAACAGGCUGCAGCACCAGGCGAUCGGACAGAGCGGCAUGCGGUCGUUGUCAGAACCGGGCUGCCCUACCCACAGUUCGGCCGAGUCUCCGUCCACGGCUGCCAGCCCCACCACCAGCGUCUCCAGUUUGACAGAAAGAGCCGAGACGGGCACGUCCAUUCUCUCGGUAACCUCCAGCGACUCAGAAUGUGAUGUAUGAUAACGGAAAGCAACACGGCCCUAAGGAAAACAACCCGAAAAGGCAAAAUAAGCGCCCCCCUAUCCCACCCCAAGCCUGCCAGCCAGCGAGCACCCGCCCCUCUGCCAGUUGCCCAGUCCUCCGAAAGAGAAAGAAAGACACACACACCUUAGAACAGAAGCGAAAAAAUACAAAAGAAUAAGCAGACAUUUAGAAGAUUUUUUUAAAAACAAAAAUUUUAAAAACCCAAACCUUACCUAGCAAACAAAAGAAAUCAAAGAAACAAUCCACUUAGAAAAGGAACUUUAAAACACACACACACACACAAGCAAACAAACAUUUGGACAGAUGCUGUUGUUGCAACGGGGAAAGAUAAUAAUAAUGAUAAUGCUCUGCUAUUAUUAAUAUUAUUAUUGUUGUCGAGGAAGAAAGAAAGGUGACAUUUGUAUUCUUUGUAGGAGAAAAGCACGGAGUUAUCUUUUCUUUUUUCUUUUUUCUUUCAUUGUUUGCGCUUUCCCAUGGACUGCAUUUCACCCGGUUUGCAUGACGAUAAUGAUUCAAUUUGUAUCUUGGGGAGGGGGGAAAUAGAAUAUUCUCUAUAAUAAAUGAACUAAAAGAAAAAAAGACUAGCAGGGGAAAAAAAAGGAAAACUCUGAUCGAAUUUGUACAAAAAAGAAAAAGAGAAAAAAGCAGUUUAAAAUUUUAAAGGAACUCUUUGAAGAGGGAAAUAACAAAUGUUUAUCGCCUUUUUUGUUGGGUUUUUAUUAAUCUCUGUCUCUCUUGGUCUGUAAUUUCCCCCCCCAAGUCCAAGUGAUGGAUUAAAUUUGAUGGCAUUUUUUCCUCCUCCUUCGCCCUCUCCUCUUCCUCCCUCCGUUGUUGUUGUUUUUAUUUUUAAUUUUUAAUUUUUAUUCUUGUGUUCAACAGACAAUCAUUUUCUUCGUAAGCACCUUUUUUUCUACACUUCUGUCACUGCCUGUGUGGGUACUGGUUAUAAAUGUGGAAAAAGAAUAGUUAUGACUGUAACAGAUUUUUAUUUUUAUUUCAAAAUUUUAUAUGAAUUAUGUAUAUCUUAAUGAUGCGGUCAUUUUUCCCAGUUUGUAAUAUAUGUGUAGAAAAUUGCUUGUAUAUGAUAUUUGCUCUUCAAUUCCAGGCCUUCUCUCUCUGUCUCCCCCUCCCCUUCUCUCUCUCCCUUUCCCCCCUUCGCUCUUUCUCUCUCCCCACCCUUUCUUUUCUUUUUCUUUAAAAAAAAAAAAAACAUUUUCCCUGACUUGAGUUCCUUGCACAAACUUAGCUGUCAAGAGGUGAUGAGCUUGGUUUUCAGAAGGGACCUCGGUGAUAGACGAACCAAGGCGUAGGAUGCCACUGUAGUUCAUUUUUGAGUAUUUAAAUAGCAGCUUUGGGGAUCUCUCCUUAAACUCCACGUAGGACGCUUAUACCACUGUUUCCUUUACUGCGUGUUUAUCUAUAUGUACAAACUUUCUAAAAAAAAAAAUCAAAUACAGUAUUCCAUUUUUCUUAUCUA